AUGGUCAUCAAUAGCUUUUCCAUAAUUUGGUGGUAUCGGCUCAUUCCAGACGUUCAUGACGCGUUUGUCAAUAUUGUGAAGCGAUUACAACUGUGUCGCAAACGACGCAUUAUAGCUGUAAGUACGCGGGGUCUGCUUACACGGACUACCAGCGGAUCAAGUGUGCGAGGGCAUACGACCACAAGACGUUAUAUGGAAAAGGCUGCGGCCGAAUUCGGUCAGUGGCUUNAACGACGGCAAGUUAUUGAUUUGUUGAAAAAGUUACGUAAACGUUUACGUGCGCAGUUGAAUCCGGACAAAGGUAUUGCGACUCCGGUGAUGGAGGAUUUCGGUGAGGAUGAUGAGGAUAAGAGGACCUUGCUCGAAGAGGAUAUGGAUUUCGAUGAGACGGUAGCCCCUGAGCUCGAUUCAUUAGCGAGUGAUGAAAGCUUGAAGAGGCUGAGUGCGGACUCCGAUCGAUUAAGUGUGGGUUCGAUCUACUCGGAUUUCGAUCAUUCUGGUUGA